AUGUUUAUAAAAUUAGUAAUUUUUCUCAUACUGGUAAAAGUUAUCUAUUUAAAUUCUGAUGUUCAAUUUACAACAAGUAGCACUUCAAAGAUUCGAAUAGAAGAAGAUGACAGCAGUAAAUGGAAUGGUUUGUCCAAACGCUUAGUUCAAUUGAUGACCAAUAGCGACAGGAAACGUAAAUAUGAAAUCGAUGCGACAAUUUUCUUAGCAGAAACGACUACUAAAUCUUAUGCAGGAUUCUAUCAAGCAAUUAUGAGACACAGUGACAUUAAAAUUACUUUCAACAUGUUUAUCUUAAGAGCUGAUUUAAAAAAGAUUCAAAUGCAAAGGACAUUCCAAGAUUUUCUUAUAAUUCUUCUGAGUGAAAAUGUCAUAAAUUAUGUAAACUUUAUAAACAUCGUUUUUAAUCCAAUAUUUGAGGAUAAAUCCCUAAAAAUAUUUAUAAUCUUAAGCUACAACCGUUCCUUUAAAAACGCAAUAGAUGUUUGGAACGCUUUAAUUAUUAAAAAGUAUUACAAUCUUUAUGUUUUGCUGCAUGAAAAAUCAGGAAAAUUCAAAGUUUGUCGAACAGGAUUAACAAAUGUUGGCAAUUCUCAGAUUCAAUUCUUACUUCGUCAAACACAUGGACAUAAAUUUUUAAUGAUUAAGGAUGACAUCAAAAGAAAUGAAUUGGAUCUUAUAAAAAUUAUAUUUUUUGACUUUUAUCCUUUAUCGUACGUAGACAAUGAAGUAAUUAUUGGAACCGAUGGACGUUUAAUUCAAGAAUUCAGCAAGAAACUCAAAACACCUUACAAAGUGAUGAAUGAUCAUAAGUUAAAACCAACGACAAUGCAAGUCUUUCACGACUUAGAAACUACAGGAGAUAUCAGCCUUUAUACACAGAUUAAUAUUGUAACACCAAACAUACAAUUCAUUCCUCUUAACCAGAUGCAUGGUUUAUGUUUACUAACACCUCGAAACAUUCCUGUAUCAUCGCAUGAACACUUUGAAUUUCCUGUCGAUUGUGCGUCAAUCAUUUUAACUUUAUUAUCAGCACUUUCAGUCAUAAUAUGCUGGAAAUUAAUAUCAAGUGAUAUGUCACUAAUGUCCAUAGCUUUUGCAACUUUUGAGCUAGCAUUGAAUUUUGGAUCUUCCAGCAUUAACAAGCUAUCCUUAAGUGAAUCUAUACUAGUCUACUGCUUCAUAUUUAGCUCAUUCUUUCUCAUAACUCUUUAUGAGUCAACUUCCAUUUCGUUUGAAUUUAAUGACAUGAUAUGGCGAUCAGCACAUAGUUUUGAGGAGCUUAAUGCAAGCAAUAACAAAUUUUAUUCAUAUUUUGAUGAAAAAAUUGUCGAACAAAGCAAUUUGCCAAAGAUUCGUCGUGAUUUAAUCAUAAAUUAUAUUGAUGUCUUUGAUACUUUUAAAAUGAAUCUUCCUGAUGAUCUUGAUAUGAAUUUAGUCUACACCUUGCACUGUGAUGUUGUUGACUAUUUUAUGAAGUCACCGAGAAAUUAUAGAAAUGGCCGGCAAUUGUUUGAUAAGAUUUCUGUGACUCAAUUUAUUAAGACUUAUAAUGUCAAGAGUGGAUAUUUUUACAUUGAUGAGUUUAAGAAGCUGGUUUCAAACCUUAUGGAAUCAGGAAUUUAUGAUUUCUGGAAGAACAAUGAUUCGACUGAAUUGACUGAUGAUAACAAGAUUGAUCUACAAAGCGAUCAUUUAUUGCUUGCAUUGGCUGAGAUAAUUGUUCCUAUAUCGAUCUUAGUGAUAAUUGUGUCACUUCUACUUGCAAAUAUUAAUUUAAAUGUUUCUACAACAAAAGAUCAAAAACCAGCUACAAAUGUCGCGAAAAUUCCAUCAAAACUUCCACAGAUUAGAGAUGAAAGUGACAAAUGGCAGAAAUUGAGUAAACAUCUAGUUCAAAUGAUGGUUGGUGCUGAUAAGGGACGAAUUGAUGUGACUAUACUUCUAGCAGGAUCGGCGAGGUCAACUUAUGCAGAACUCUAUAAAACUAUUGAGAGACACAAUGAAAUUAAAUUAGUCACAACAACAUUUGCCAUGGGAAAGGAUUUGUCUGCCGUUAAGUUACGAGAUGCAUACAAAGAUUAUUUUAUAAUUCUAAUAGAUGAAUAUACCAUUUUUGCAAAAUUCAUCAAUGAUUAUUUUAGUCUGAUUUUUGUUAACAAAUCAAUUAAAAUCUUUGUAAUUUUGAGAUUUAACCGCUCAACUAGAAAUGCUGUAGAUGUGUGGAGUGCUUUACGUCUACAAAAAUACUAUAACGUUUAUGUUUUGCUCCACCAAAGUUCUGGCACUUUUGAUGCUUUUCGUACAGCACUUAGAAAAGUUGGUCACAUGCAGGUUGACAUUACACUUCUUAAGGCUGAGGAAAAUAAGUUUUUGAUGAUGAAGGAUAUCAUUAAAGGAGAUGUGAUGUCAAAGCUUCGAAUUGUGUUUUUUAAUUCAUAUCCUGUGUCCUAUGAGAACAAUGGAGUCAUAAUUGGAGCUGAUGGAAAUUUGAUUCAAGAAUUCAGCAAACAGCUUGGAACUUCUUAUCAAAUAAUAAAUAAGGAUAAGUCUAGACCAACAUCUGAAAAGAUCUUUUAUUAUUUAGAAUCUGAUGGAGAUAUCAGCCUUUAUACACAGCUGAAUAUUUUAAGGCCUAAUGUACAGUCAAUUUAUCUCAAUCAGAUGGAUGGAUUGUGCCUACUUACACCUCGAAAUAUUCCUAUUGCAGUCCGUGGAGGAUUCGCUAUACCAAUAGAUUCUGUGUCAAUACUUAUGACUUUUAUAUCAACAGUUUCAGUCAUCGUAUGCUGGAAACUUAUCACAAUCGAUUUGUCAUUAACAUCGAUUGUCUUUGCAACUUUUGAGUUGGUUCUUAAUUUGGGGUCAUCAAGUGCUGAUAAAUUGACACUUCGUGAGAAUAUCCUGGUUUAUAGUUUCAUAGUCAGCUCAUUCUUCUUAGUCAACAUGUAUGAAUCAACUACAAUUUCAUACAAAUUCGGUGACACUACAUGGCGUUCAGCUGAAAGUAUUGAAGAGCUUAAUGAUAGGAACACUAAAUUUCAUUCAUACUAUAACGAGAAAGUAGUGGAACAGAGUAGAUUGCCAAUUAUUCGUCCUGACUUAAUAUUGAGCUUUAUUGAUGUCUCAAACAAUUUGAACUUGAAUAUACCUAAAGAUUUGGAUGCAAAUUUAGUCUACAUCCUUAAUUGUGACUUCGCUGAACAUUUUACAAUGUCUUCUAGGAAUUACCACAAUGGACGGCAAUUGUUUGACAAAAUGACUAUAACUCAAACUUACAAAACUUAUAAUGUCAAUAGUGGAUACUUUUUCAUAGACAAAUUUAAGGCAUUCUUCGAAAAAUUGAUGGAAUCUGGAAUUUACGAUUUUUGGAAGUCAAUAAACUCUGUUGAUCAAGAAAGACAUAAAAUUGGAUGUGGACAAAACGAGUCAGAAUUAACUGAAUAUGCAGAUAUGAUUGUACCAGCUUCUCUUUUAGGGAUUGGAUGUUUAAUAGAAUUGAAUAUAAAAAUAGAAACCCAGUUAAGAAACCAAAACUGCACAAGUGGAUCCAAAAAUACAUCUUCAGCAGAAAAGACAAACUUGAUAAUGCAAAUGCAUUCCAUCAAAUAA